CCCCGCGGCCCGGUCCAGCCGGCUCGCUCCGGCUCGCUCCGGUCCGGGUCCGCCCCCGCCCCGCCCCGCCGGCCGGCCGGGGUGUCCGAGCGGCGCGCCGCGACCCCCGCACCCUGCAUCAUGGCGCUGCGAGCGGCGUGGAGCGUGCGGGCCGCCGUCCGCUGCCUGCGCGCCGCGCGCGUCCCGGCCUGGGCCCCGCGGGCGGGCGCCGCGCGGAGCCUGGGCACGGGCGGGGCGCUGCGGGCCGUGCGAAAGUUCACAGACAAACACGAAUGGAUCACAACGGAAAAUGGUAUUGGAACAGUGGGAAUCAGCAAUUUUGCACAGGAAGCUCUGGGAGACGUCGUCUACUGUAGCCUGCCUGAGGUCGGGACGAAGCUCAACAAGCAAGAUGAGUUUGGUGCUUUGGAAAGCGUGAAAGCUGCUAGUGAACUCUACUCGCCUUUAUCAGGAGAAGUAACUGAAAUCAAUGAAGCUCUUGCGGAAAAUCCUGGACUUGUCAAUAAGUCUUGUUAUGAAGAUGGUUGGCUGAUCAAGAUGACACUGAGUAACCCUUCAGAACUAGAUGAACUGAUGAGUGAAGAAGCAUAUGAGAAAUACAUAAAAUCUAUUGAGGAGUGAAAAUGAAAUCCCUUAAUAAACCAGUAUGAAAACACAUAAUCUAGCAUAGUUGUCUUAAAUUACUGGUGGAUAGAAGAUUUAAUACAACAGCAGUGGAAAAACUACUUGCAACAAUGCAACUGGAAAGGAAAUGCCCCUUAGCUUCCUGAUGAUUGCAAAUGAACACUAUACGCAUCUUUUUCCACAACACCAAUGUAAUUUGCCUUCAUCCACUCUUGGAUUUAGAUCAAAAUACUUAAUCUGGCAGUGUAGAAAAAUUGUAGGUGGGCAGUGUUAGAUGGACCUAAUCUUGCAAUAUUUUGUUUUUGCUGGUGCUAUUUUUAUACAAUGAAGCAACAGCCUUGCAGGAAAAUAAGAACACUUUAAUAAUAAAACGUUCAACUUCA